AUGUCCACGCAAACGGGCAAGUGGCGCGAGGAGCAAGUCCUCGUGCUCUGCCCGGGCAGCCAGACCACGCUGGCUCAGCUGGGCUGCAACGAGCUGACGCCGCCCGCGCACCGGUUCCCCACGCGCAUGUUCCGCGACAGCGAGUCGUCGUCGUCGUCUGAGGAUUACUGGCGCCCGUAUCAUACGUAUCGGCGGAAGAAGGAAGGGAGUGGGGAGAGUGGCAGUGGUGGGGGUCUUGUUGUUGGAGAAGGGGGGAAGGAGGAUGGUGGGGAGGGUGAGGGGGAGUGGGAGUUUGUGGAGGAUGUGGAUUCGGUGGAGGGGGCGGUGUAUCCGAUUCAGGCCGGCCGCAUCGUCAACAUGGACGCCUUCCUCGCCUUCCUCGAGCACGUCCACGCCCAAUUGACUACCACCUACCACAACACCCCAAUCAUGCUCAUGGCCUCGCCGCAAUGGACCCGCCCCGACUGCGAAACCAUCGCGCGCUACAUCUUUGAAAAGACCAAGACACCCGCUCUGUGCCUGAUCCACAGCGGCAUUGCCACCCAGUACGGCCUCAAGUGGCCCAACAUGACGGUCGUGGACGUUGGGUUCCAAAAAGUCGACGUCACGUGUAUUCACGACGGCCGCGUGGUCUCGCAUCGCGAUGUCGGCCCUGCCGAUACGGAUGCCAUCAGCGGUGGGGAGGUUUUCACGCAGCGCCUUUUCAAGCUGCUGGAGAGCAAAGGGUUUGACUACGAUAUGGCCGAGCAGCUGAAGAAGAGUGCUGUCUGCGAGGUCCUGCCGUACGCGCCGGAGCAACCGGAGCUCGUGGAGUUGCCCGUGGAGACUGCUUCUGCUCCUGCUGCUGCUGCUAGUACUGCUGGACCUGGGAACGGGGCGGCGGCUGGGGCAUCGGCACUAUCAGGCGACGGGGCCAAGCCGGCAGAACAACCAGCAGAGCGCCUUCUAGGAAACGGAAACGGAGAGAAUGGCACCAACGGCGAGGGUAGAGAGGGUGGAGACGACGACGGGGUGCUUGAUGUAGCCAAUAUUGUCGCGAGCGGCCAGACGAGGGAGUUUCUGGCCAAGAAGGAGAAGGAAAAGGCGGAGAAGGGGAAGCCUGGGCGGAAACCGAAGGAUAAGGAGGCGGCUGCAGCUGCGGAGGCUGCCGCUAAGGCUAUUAAGCUUCCCAACUCGAAGCGGUAUCGGGGCGUGUUCCACUACGAAGAGCUCGUUACGGAGGAUGUCCCGAUCGCCGAGCCGCCCAAGGAGAACGGCGGCCAGGAUGUUGGCAUGACCGAAGCGCCGGCUGUUGCCGAAGGUGCUGCUUCUGCUGCACCAACAGCGACGGCUGGUGAUGAGCCUAAGGCGGAGGGCGAACCAACUGGCACUGAAGAGCAGAAACCCGAGGCCGAAGCCCAAUCUACUCCUGCGGUCCCGCAACCAGUCCAACCCACAGAGUCCGCCCCAGCUCCGUCAACCGCAGCGACGACAACAACGACGACAGCCACCGAACGUGUAACCCGCCGCGUGCGCCGCGAUAUCGAAGUCGGCCUCGAGCGCUUCCAGUUCGCCGACCGCCGCGAAAUCGACCGUAUCGUGGCCGCCAUCUACCACGCCGUGCAGGGCAUCGAAGACAUGUACAUGCGCCCCGGCUGCUGGGAGAACCUCGUCUUCGUCGGCAACGGCGCGCGCAUCCGCGGUCUGCGCGACAACAUCCUCCAGACCCUCCAGGCGCGCCACCUCAUCUCCCCCAGCACAGCCACCAUGUUCACCUCCGAACUACCCUCCAACAUCGGCACCCCCUCAGCCACAGGCUCCCAAACCCCCACGGCCUCCGGCUCCGGCCAGCUGCCCACCACCAGCAGCGUCAACCCCUUGCUCCUGGCCGCGACCACGGGCGCCAACCCCAACGCGCCCAACAACCCCAACAACGCGGGCGACGCCGCUGCUGGUGGGAAUGCCCACACCAGCCACCACUUCCACAGCCAGACGCCGACCAACAUCCGGCUGGCGCCGCUGCCGUCGUAUCUGACGGAGUGGACGAAGCACGGGUUUGAGGAGGCCAUGUUCCUUGGCGCGCAGGUCGCUGCGCGGCUGGCGUUUUGUAUCCAUAAUUUGGAUGCGCAGGGCCUGGAGGCGCAGCGGUUGAUGAGUUUGAGUCGGGUGGAUUAUAAUGAACUUGGUCCCAAGGGCGUGCGGUCGCAUUCCAUGCUCGGGUGA